CACAUUUUAGUUGAAAGGAUCAACAACGCAAAAAAAAAAAAAUGGCUAACUUCAGCUUAAUUGUUAUAUUCCUUGUUUCAUUUCAGUUUUUCCUGAGUGAAGCAGAAAUAAAUAAAAUUACUGAUGUAAAAAAUAAAGACAAUGAUUUUGAAGACGAAUCAAAUGAAAAAAACGAAGAGUUACCUUUGGAUAAAUUGAAUGAUUAUGGUGGAGGUUAUGGAGGAAAAUAUGGUGGAGGUUAUGGUGGAAAAUAUGGUGGAGGUUACAAAAAAGAAAUAAAUAAAGAAAACGAUUUUGAAGACGAAACCAAUGACAAAAGCGAAGAAUCGUCUUUAAACGAAAUCAAUGAUUAUGGUGGAGGUUACGGGGGAAAAUAUGGCGGCGGUUAUGGAGGAAAAUAUGGCGGAGGUUAUGGAGGAAAAUAUGGCGGAGGUUAUGGAGGAAAAUAUGGCGGAGGUUACAAAUGAGAAGCGUAAAGUCGUAACUAAAAAAAAAAAAAAUUUUAAUUAAAUUUCUAUUGUUGCGUUAAACAAUUUUUUAUAUAUCUUAACUGAAAGUUUUAACUAUAAAUUGUAAUUAAAAUGCAGUUUAUAUUAAAGAGUUUAAUAAUUGUGUUUUGAUUGAAUUAAAUACAUUAUAAUAUAUUC